UGUAUCUCUUUCUAGAUUAGAAAAUUGGAUAGUUGUUGCAGCGAGUGGCAGCCAUGCUCAACAUCGGAACAUUUUCUCCGCUUGAUUCUACAUCUCUCCUUUCACUAGACAAAACCUUCUUCUCUUCAACAACUCCACUCUUCACGAUCACCUCCAAAAACGCAUCGUUUUCAUCUCAUUCUUAUCCACAAAACACCCAUCUCACCUUCAGUAGAAGAGAUAAUAGGCUUUCGUUGUUACCCGCGUAUUCUUUGAAUGGUAGGCGGAGAAAAGGUGGCACUGGCGUUGUUGAAAUGAAAGGUUCCGAUUCUGAUGGCGACGGCGACGAAAAAGAUGAUGAUGAAGAGGCUGCGUUUUUGCCCUUUGGGGAGAUGAAGAGGUGGCUGGAGAACAAGCCUCGUGGGUUCGGUGAAGGCAAGGUUUACAAUACUUCAAUUGAAGAGAAAUUGCUCGAAGAAAUGGAGCAGAGUAGACGAGCUCAAUUUGCUAAUAUUAAUAAACUUAAAAACAACCCUGUAAGCACUAGUCCCAAGAAACUCGUUGCAAGCAACAAAGCAUCUGAAGUAAUUCCAAGUCCUUUUCGUGUACGAUUGGUCAACCUUCCUAAGAAAAAGAACAUCCACAGGGAUCUGAAAUCUGCAUUUGAAGGUGUCCCUGGUAUAACUAACAUAAGCCCUGCCGUUUCUGGAAACAAAAAGACUAAGGACCCUACCUGCAAGGGCUUCGCUUUUGUUGAUUUCAAGUCUGAGGAAGAUGCUACCAGGUUUGUGCAGAUAUUUUCUAGACAAAUGAUAUCAUUUGGGAAGAUUCAGAAGCAGAUAAAAUUUGAGUUGAUGAAUUCAAAUAAUUCCAAGUCUGUUCAUAAGGAUUCUGCAGACAGCCCGUACAGUGAUACCGAACUAAAAGUUUCUGGUGUGGAAGAUGAUCCAAAUGCUGACUGGGAUGUGGAUGAUGAUAAUCCCAUGGAUUCAUGGACGGAAGUGGCCUCUGAUGCUUCUGAUCCAGAUGAUGAGCUUGACUUAGCAAAACUGGAGGAUAUUAGAGAGAAUCUGGAACUUGUCAGUGUAUCAGAGCUGAAUGGUGAUAAUAUUGCAAAACAAUAUGCCAAAUCUGCCACUGAUUCAUCUUCCCCAAGUAAGCAAAAGAAAACCGGGAAAGAGCUUAUUGCUAAAGGAAAAGCAAAAAAGGCUCCUAAGUUGAAAGUUCCAGAAUCUGUAAAGAGAUUAAAAGUCAGGGAGAAAGUUCUGUUGACAGACGUGUUUUCAAAAUAUGCAGCAAAAACUGCUUUAAUCUCCAAGGAAGAGAGCUAACCAUUGAAUGCCCAAAUUACAUUGUUACAACGAUGGGAAGGAAUAGUUGUGGUUAGUAGGAUGGAGUGUAAACUGCUUAUGCUUGGAAAAGAGUGGCCAUAAUGAAAAAGCUGUUUGUCUUGCUUUAUGUUGGAAUCAUACUUAUCAAGCACCAAACUUUUCUGGGGUUGUUGUAUGUCCAUUGACGUUCGUGCUGCUAUUUUUAUUCUUGAAUUAGAUAAUUCCCAACUUCACGUUCCA